AUGUCUCGGGGGGAGAGCGCGGUGUUUGCCUAUGAGUCCUCGGUGCACAGCGCCAACGUCCUGCUCAGCCUCGACGACCAGCGCCGGAAGGAUGAGCUGUGUGACGUCACCGUCCUCGUGGAGGGGCGGCCGUUCCGCGCCCACCGCGCCGUGCUGGCCGCCUGCAGCACUUACUUCCACGCGAGGGUCCUGGGCCCGGCCGAGCCGGAGCGUAGCAUUUCUCUCCCAGAAGAGGUGACAGUGAAGGGGUUUGAGCCUUUACUUCAGUUUGCCUACACGGCUAAGCUGCUCCUGAGUCAGGACAAUGUGGACGAAGUGUGCAGGUGUGUGGAGUUCUUAGGCGUCCAUGACAUUGAGGAGUCCUGCUUUCAGUUUCUCAGAUUCAAGUCCUCGGACUCCACUGCCAACCAGCAAGAAUGCCCACGAAAGACCUGCUUCCCCUCCCACUGUCAGAAAACAGGCCUCCAGUUUCCGCUUUUGGACCAGAAGGAUUUAGAAAUUAAUGAGGUGGAGUUGUUUUUGGAAAAUAAAAAUGUUCAGACUCCUCCAUGUAAACUCCGUGGAUAUCAAGGAAAUACAAAACUGUCACCUCCCCUGCAAGACAGUGCCAGUCAGACUUGGGAGUCCAUGUGCUUAGACAAGGGGGCUGCUCUGGCCCUGCCAUCUCUAUGCCCCAAAUACAGAAAGUUCCAGAAAGCAUUUGGGACGGACAAAGUCCGCGCUGUGGAGUCGGGGUUCAAAGACGGUCACACUUCUGCUCCGCCCAGCGAGACGCCUGACAGCGAGUGCCCGGGAGGAGCCCAGGACCACGCAGACCUGCAGGCGGUUUUAAAAUGUGAAGAAAGGAACGCAGCAGCAGAGCCUGCGGACAGCACGGAGGAGCCUGCCUCCCAGUGCCCGCUGGAGCAGACAGCAGCGCCGUUCCUCCACUCCUCUGCGGACCCCCCGGGCCUCUGCUCGCUGUCCCUCCUGCACACCUACGACCAGUAUGGCGACUUGAACUUGGCUGGUAUGCAGCCCACAGCAGUGUUAACCGAAAAGCCGCUGUCAGGCCCAGAUGUCGGAGAAGAGAAGGCGUUGGCUGGAAGCGAGGAUUUACUUUUGAAACCGGACUCCAGCCUCCGGGGAGAGGACGGCCCCCCUCCUGGUGGUCGCAGCAGUGUGGAGCGGGAGGUGGCCGAGCACUUGGCCAAGGGCUUCUGGAGUGACAUCUGCAGCACAGACGCUCCUUGCCAAGUGCAGCUGUCACCUGCGGGGGCCAAAGAUGGGGCAGGACAGAGCCCCUCUCAGAAGCGGUCUGAGUGCCCCUGGUUAGGGAUCAGGAUCAGCGACAGCCCGGAGCCGGGCCAGAGGACAUUUGCAACGUUAAGUUCUGUCAGCUGCCCCUUCAUAAGCACUCUGAGCACCGAGGGCCACGCGAGCAGCUUGGAGGUGGGCGCUGACGGCUACGCCUCGGAGCCCCAGCAGGAACCCUGUCCAUACGCCUGUGUGAUCAGCUUGGGGGACGACUCGGAGACGGACACCGAAGGGGACAGUGAGCCCUGCUCAGCCCGAGAGCAGGAAUGUGAGGUGAAACUGCCGUUCAACGCACAGCGGGUCAUCUCCCUCUCCCGGAACGACUUCCAGUCCUUGCUGAGGACGCACAAGCUGACUCCAGAGCAGCUGGACUGCAUCCACGACAUCCGGAGGAGGAGCAAGAACAGGAUCGCUGCCCAGCGCUGCCGCAAGAGGAAGCUCGACUGCAUACAGAACCUGGAGUCGGAAAUCGAGAAGCUGCAGAGUGAGAAGGAGAGCUUGCUGCGGGAGAGAGACCACAUCCUGUCGACGCUGGGUGAGACCAAGCAGAACCUGACCGGACUUUGCCAGCAAGUCUGUAAAGAGGCGGCUCUGAGCCAGGAACAGAUUCAGAUACUCGCCAAGUACUCGGCCUCAGAAUGCCCACUUUCGUUUUUAAUUUCUGAAAAGGACAAAAGUACUUCUGAUGGUGCUCUUGUGUUCCCACCAAUUCUGAGUUUACCGGAGGGACCUCCCGCUGCACCGCCUGCUGGGGGCCAAAGCUCGUGCUUCCCCGGCGGGAAGGACAGUGGGUCGGGCUGUGUGCCGGCCCAGGAGUCUGGGCACAGCCCCAGGCUGGCCGCGGAGGGCGAGGGGCCCUCGGAGCAGAGCCGGCAGAGUGCAGGCAUCUCCGACUUCUGCCAGCAGAUGACCGACAAAUGCACUACUGACGAGUGA